AUGGCAAAGAGUGAAAGCAAAGUGGUUCAGAGGAAUAAAAGAUCAAGAACACCACCUCAAACUAUCAGCCCAUGGCCAAGGACCCUCAUUAUGUGUUCAGUGGCUCUAGCAGUGGUUGCUGCUCUUGCUCUGCUGUGGUUGCCUGCAAGAGUGAAUGAUGGUUAUUCAAUCAGCACUGUUGAGAGGAAGCGAUAUGAUGGAACCCUAAACUACAGACAAAUUGCAGAGAUGAGACAGCCACUAAUGUUAACAGAAACUAUUGUGGACAGGUGGCCAGCAAGGAAGCAAUUUACGACCAAAUUCCUGGCUAAUAAAAUCAGGCAUGUUAAGGCCCAUAUUCAGGAGGAUGCUCGAUCAUUCAUCACCUUCCAUGACAAUAAACCACUGGAAGAUUACGUCCCUGAGCAAUGGGAGAACUUCAAUCUCAAAGUGAACACCACCAUCCCCACUGUUCUGCAAUGGGGUGAGGAGGGAACUGAUCCUUCUAAAGGGCCUUUUCUGUACUAUACACAAGAUAUGGCCACAAUGAGACAAUUUCCCAAUGUGAUUGGGUACAUUCAGCCCGUUCAAGACUUGUUCUUGAGUGACAAAAAUGUGCAGGUUAACCUGUGGGUUGGGAGAGAAGGAAUUGUGACUCAUGCACAUUAUGACUGCACCUACAACUUCUUCUUCCAGCUGCAAGGCAGGAAGAGGUUCACCCUCUACCCACCUAGCGACCACCUUUAUCUCUACCCUUGUCUGCAUCCACAUUAUGGUCACAGUCAAGUCGACAUCCUUAAUCCUGACAACAAGAAAUUCCCACUCUUCAAAAGUGCCAGGCCGGUGGUUGCUGAGGUGAGGCCUGGCGACAUGCUGGUGGUGCCCCCAUUCUGGUUCCACCAUGUGGAGACCCUGGAGGAGAGUGUCUCAGUCAAUGUAUGGAGUGAUGCGCCGGAGUAUGAUCUCAUCAAUCAAGUGUAUUCGCUACCUAUCCCCUUUGAAGAUAGUUGGAGCACAGAGGAGAAAGUUGUAGCGACUAAAAUUUAUAUAAGCAUGAUACUGUCGCACUUUGAGAUUCAGUACAUCGAAUUCUUACAACACCUACUUGAACAGCGGUACGAGAUCCUUAUCAGAGAUGAGCGUCUCCGAUUUAAUUCAUCUGUGUCUGAUCAAGUAGUUCAUACAUGCACUUCAGAUCAGAAAUGGAACCAACAUCAUACUGUCUAUGAGCCAUUUUUGAGAGAGGGUGUUGAUGCCACUGUUUUACUUCUCCAGAAGAUAAGCAUGAGAUCAAUAUUAAAGGUCUGCAUUGGAAACUUUAUAGAACACUUAAUUCAUCGUGUGUUGAGUCUAGACAAUAUUUUUUCUUUUUUAAAACAUUGUUCUGUGUAAUUUUCUUUCCAUUUGCCUUUUAUAAACAUAAUAAUUAUUUAUAAUCAUGA